UGUGUUUUCUCAGGAAGCAGCUGAAGAUACACUGGGAAUCCGGGGAGGCGCGGGGGGGACAAGGUGCCGCGCUACCUCAACAUGGGCGAGCACGGAUUGGAGCUGGCAUCUAUGAUUCCCGCCCUGCGGGAGCUGGGCAGUGCCAGUCCAGAGGAAUAUAAUACGGUUGCACAGAAGCCAAGACAAAUUCUAUGUCAGUUCAUUGACCGAAUACUUACAGAUGUAAAUGUUGUUGCUGUAGAACUUGUAAAGAAAACUGACUCUCAGCCAACUUCUGUAAUGUUGCUUGAUUUCAUCCAGCAUAUCAUGAAGUCCUCCCCACUUAUGUUUGUAAAUGUGAAUGAGAGCCAUAGGCAAGAUGAGGUCAAAGACAGUUGUAUUGAAUUCAGCAAUUGGAUCAUAACAAGACUUUUGAGGAUUGCAGCAACUCCAUCUUGUCAUAUGUUACACCAGAAAAUCUGUGAAGUCAUUUGCUCAUUGUUAUUUCUUUGUAAAAGCAAGAAUCCUGCUAUUUUUGGACUGCUGACAAAGGAAUUAUUACAUCUUUUUGAAGACUUGAUUGACCUCCACAGAAGAUGUGUAACGGGACAGUUUGUGGAUUGGCCAGUAGUAGUUAGUCGGUUUUUAAGUCAGUUAGAUGAGCAGAUGGGAUAUUUACAACCAGCUCCUUUGCAGCUCAUGAACCUGCAAAACUUAGAAUUCAUUGAAGUCACUUUAUUAACGGUUAUUAGUCGUAUUACUGCCAUUGUAUUUUUUAGAAGGCAAGAACUCUUACUUUGGCGGAUAGGUUGUGUGCUGCUAGAGUGUGGUAGUCCAAAAAUCAAAUCUAUAGCAAUUAGCUUUUUAACUAAACUGUUUGAGCUUGGAGGACUACCAGCACAACCAGCCAGUGCCUUUUUCAGCUCGUUUUUGGAAAUCUUAAAACAUCUUGCAGAAAUGGAUGCUGACCAAUUAAAACUCUAUGAAGAGCCAUUAUCAAAGCUAAUAAAGAAACUUUUCCCCUUUGAAGCAGAAGCUUACAGAAAUAUUGAACCUGUCUAUUUAAAUAUGCUGCUGGAAAAUCUCUGUGUCAUGUUUGAAGAUGGGGUGCUUAUGCGGCUCAAGUCUGAUUUGCUGAAAGCAGCUUUGUGCCACUUACUGCAGUAUUUCCUUAAAUAUGUGCCAGCAGGGUAUGAAUCUGCUUUACAAGUCAGAAAGGACUAUGUGAGAAGUAUUUGUAAGGCUCUUGUAGAUGUGCUUGGAGUUGAGACUGAUGCAGAGUACUUAUUAGGCCCACUUUAUACAGCCUUAAAAAUGGAAAGUAUGGAAAUCAUUGAAGUGGCUCAGAGUCAAGUUCAACAAGAAAACCUCAGCAUUAGUAGUGAUGAACAAUCAUCCAAAAGACGUCGACUCAGCUCAUCUCUAAACUCUUUGAGAAGUGCAACAAAACAGAAUGAGGAAGUUAAACAUGUGGAUAUGAGCAAAAAGAGCAUAUUAUGGAGUGCACUGAAACAGAAAGUGGAUUCCCUUCAGAUGUUCUUUGAAAGCAGUAGUCUGAAGAAUCCUGCUAUUGCGACUAUAGAAGGAAUCACAAUUGUCCUCCAACUAACUGCUCUAUGUACUGUUCAUUGUUCUCAUCAAGAUAUGGACUGCCAUAAUUUCAAAGACUGUCAACAGAAAUGUGAGAAGAAAUCUUCAGUAGUGAUAACUUGGAUGUCUUUGGAUUUUUACAAAAAAGUGCUUACAGGCUGUAGGAGUCUGUUAGAAUCUGUUCAGAAACCUGACUUGGAGAAAGUCAUUGAUAAAGUGGUGAAAAUAUAUGAUGCUUUCAUUUAUAUUCAAGUGAAAAGUUCAUUUGAAGAUGACAUUCUGGAAGAAUUAUGUGGAAUGCUAUCACUUCCAUGGAUUUACUGUCAUUCUGAUGAUAGUUCUUUAAAGUUGACCAAAUGUGCUAGUAAUCUCCUAACAUUAAGCCAAAGGAUUUCAGAUAGCUACUCACCACAGGCACAGUCAAAAUGUGUGUUUCUUCUGACUCUGUUUCCAAAAAGAAUAUUUUUCAAGUGGAGAAUAGCAGUUUACCACUGGUGCUUGCAGAGCUCACAUGAAAUAAUACGUGCAAGUUGUGUCCAGGGAUUUUUUAUCUUACCGCAGCAGCAGAAUUCUUGCAGCAAAGUUCCCAAGAUUCUUAUAGAUAAAGUCAAAGAUGAUUCUGACACUGUCAAGAAAGAAUUCGCUUCUAUCCUUGGGCAACUUGUCUGUAUGCUUCAUGGCACAUUCCACUUGAUAAGUUCGUUAACAGAACCUUUCUCUGAACAUGGACAUACUGACCUCUUCUGUAAGAGCCUAAAAGUCACUUCUCAAGAUGAUUGUUCAACUUCUCGACUAAAAGCUUCUAUUUGCAAGCCAUUCCUUUUUCUGCUGGAAAAAAAAAUACCUAGUCCAGUGAAACUUGCUUUCAUAGAUAAUCUCUAUCAUCUUUGUAAGCAUCUUGAUUUUAAAGAGAAUGAAGCAGAUGUAAAAACAGUUCUUGGAACUUUAUUAAAUUUAAUGGAAGAUCCAGACAAGGAUGUUAGAGUGGCUUUUAGUGGCAACAUCAAACAUAUAUUAAAAUUCUUGGACUCUGAAGAUGGAUUUAUAAAAGAGCUUUUUGUCUUAAAAAUGAAGGAAGCAUAUACACAGGCUCAAAUCUCAAGAAAUUAUGAUUUGAAGGAUUCCUUGAUUCUUACAACAGGGGAUAUUGGAAGGGCAGCAAAAGGUGAUUUGGUUUCUUUUGCACUCUUGCACUUAUUGCACUGUUUAUUAUCCAAGUCAGCAUCUGUCUCCGGAGCAGCAUACACAGAAAUUAGAGCUUUGGUUGCAGCUAAAAGUGUUAAACUGCAAAACUUUUUCAGUCAAUAUAAGAAGCCCAUAUGUCAGUUUUUGGUAGAGUCGCUCCAUUCCAGUCAGAUGACAGCCCUUCAUAGUGUUUCUUGUCAGAAUGCUGAGAUGCAAAAACAAGAUGUGGCUCACCAGAGGGAAAUGGCUUUAAAUACCUUGUCUGAAAUUGCCAAUGUUUUUGAUUUUCCUGACCUUAACCGUUUCCUUACUAGGACAUUGCAAGUUCUGCUACCUGACCUUGCUGCCAAAGCAAGCCCUGCAGCUUCUGCUCUCAUCCGGACUUUAGGAAAACAAUUAAACGUCAAUCGUAGAGAGAUUUUAAUAAAUAACUUCAAGUAUAUUUUUUCUCACUUGGUGUGUUCUUGUUCCAAGGAUGAAUUAGAACGUGCCCUUCACUAUCUGAAGAAUGAAACAGAAAUUGAACUGGGAAGUCUGUUGAGACAGGAUUUUCAAGGACUGCAUAAUGAAUUGUUGCUACGAAUUGGAGAACACUACCAACAGGUUUUCAAUGGUUUGUCAAUACUCGCCUCAUUUGCAUCUAGUGAUGAUCCUUAUCAGGGCCCACGAGAUAUAACAUCACCUGAAUUAAUGGCUGAUUAUUUGCAACCCAAGUUGUUAGGAAUUUUGGCCUUUUUUAACAUGCAGUUACUGAGCUCCAGCGUUGGCAUUGAAGACAAGAAAAUGGCCUUAAAUAGUCUGAUGGCUUUGAUGAAAUUGAUGGGACCCAAACAUGUCAGUUCUGUGAGGGUGAAGAUGAUGACAACACUGAGAACUGGCCUUAGAUUUAAAGAUGAUUUUCCUGAAUUGUGUUGCAGAGCUUGGGACUGCUUUGUUCGUUGUCUGGAUCAUGCUUACCUAGGUUCACUUCUCAGUCAUGUAAUAGUAGCUUUGCUACCUCUCAUAUAUAUCCAGCCUAAAGAAACUGCAGCUAUAUUUCACUACCUCAUCAUUGAAAACAGGGAUGCUGUGCAAGAUUUCCUUCAUGAAAUAUAUUUUUUACCUGAUCAUCAAGAAUUAGAAAAGAUAAAAGCUGUUUUACAGGAAUACAGAAAGGAGACUUCUGAGACUACUGAUCUUCAGACAACUCUUCAGCUAUCCAUGAAAGCAAUUCAGCAUGAAAAUGUGGAUGUUCGCAUUCAUGCUCUCACAAGCUUGAAGGAAAUUCUGUAUAAAAAUCAGGAAAAACUGAUAAAAUAUGCAACAGACAGUGAAACAGUGGAGCCUGUUAUCUCACAAUUGGUAGCAGUACUUUUGAAAGGUUGUCAAGAUGCAAACUCUCAAGCUCGGUUGCUCUGUGGGGAAUGUUUAGGGCAGUUGGGAGCAAUAGAUCCAGGUCGACUAGAUUUCUCAACAACUAAAACUCAAGGAAAAGAUUUAACAUUUGUGACUGGAGUUGAAGAUUCAAAUUUUGCCUAUGGAUUAUUGAUGGAACUGACAAGAGCUUACCUUGCAUAUGCAGAUAAUAGCCGUGCUCAGGAUUCAGCUGCAUAUGCCAUUCAGGAGUUGCUUUCUAUUUAUGACUGUAGAGAGAUGCAGACUGAUGGCCCAGGUUACCAGUUGUGGAAAAGGUUUCCUGAGCAUGUUCGGGAAAUACUGGAACCUCAUCAACAUACUAGAUACAAAAGUUCACAGAAGUCAACAGAUUGUUCUGGAGUAAAGAAGCCAAUUUACUUAAGUAAACUAGGUACUAACUUUGCAGAGUGGUCAGCAUCUUGGGCAGGCUAUCUUAUAACAAAGGUUCGGCAUGAGCUUGCCAGUAAAAUCUUCACUUGCUGUAGCAUUAUGAUGAAGCAUGAUUUCAAGGUGACCAUCUACCUUCUCCCACAUAUUCUAGUCUAUGUCUUGUUGGGUUGUAAUCAAGAAGAUCAGCAGGAGGUUUAUGCAGAAAUUAUGGCAGUUCUGAAGCAUGAUGAUCAGCAUACUGUAAGAACACAAGACAGUGCUUCUGACCUGUGUCAGCUUAGUACACAGACUGUAUUCUCCAUGCUUGACCAUCUCACACAAUGGGCAAGACACAAGCUUCAGGCACUAAAUACUGAGAAAUUUCCACAAAGCAAACACAAAGAUAAGACACAACCAAUGGCAUCUACUGUGGAUUAUGAAGACUAUCAGAGUGUAUCUCGUUUUCUAGACCUCAUACCUCAGGAUACCCUGGCUGUAGCUUCCUUUCGCUCCAAAGCAUACACAAGAGCUGUAAUGCACUUUGAAUCAUUUAUUACAGAAAAGAAACAAAAUAUUCAAGAACAUCUGGGAUUUUUACAGAAAUUAUAUGCUGCUAUGCAUGAGCCAGAUGGAGUGGCAGGAGUAAGUGCUAUUCGAAAGGCAGAACCUUCGUUGAAAGAGCAGAUCCUUGAACAUGAAAGCAUCGGUUUACUGAGGGAUGCCACUGCAUGUUAUGACAGAGCUAUUCAGCUAGAACCAGACCAGAUCAUUCAUUACCAUGGUGUAGUGAAGUCCAUGUUAGGUCUUGGUCAGCUGUCUACUGUAAUCACUCAGGUGAAUGGAGUGCAUGCUAACAGGUCUGAAUGGACAGAUGAAUUAAAUACAUACAGAGUGGAAGCAGCUUGGAAAUUGUCACAGUGGGAUUUAGUGGAAAACUAUUUGGCAGCAGAUGGAAAAUCAACAACAUGGAGUGUCAGACUGGGACAGUUGUUGUUAUCAGCUAAAAAAAGAGAUAUCACAGCUUUUUAUGACACAUUGAAACUAGUGAGAGCAGAACAAAUUGUGCCUCUUUCAGCUGCAAGCUUUGAAAGAGGCUCCUAUCAACGAGGAUAUGAAUAUAUUGUGAGAUUGCACAUGUUAUGUGAGUUAGAGCAUAGCAUCAAACCACUUUUUCACCAGUCUCCAAGUGACAGUUCUCAAGAAGAGUCUCUGAACUGGGUAGCUCGACUAGAAAUGACCCAAAAUUCCUACAGAGCCAAAGAACCCAUUCUCGCUCUCCGGAGAGCUUUAUUAAGCCUCAAUAAAAGGCCAGAUUUCAAUGAAAUGGUUGGAGAAUGUUGGCUACAGAGUGCCAGAGUAGCAAGAAAGGCUGGUCACCACCAGACAGCCUACAACGCCCUCCUUAAUGCUGGAGAAUCCCGGCUUGCUGAACUGUAUGUGGAAAGGGCUAAGUGGCUGUGGUCCAAGGGUGAUGUUCACCAGGCACUAAUUGUUCUUCAGAAGGGUGUUGAAUUAUGCUUUCCUGAAAAUGAAACCCUAACUGAGAGUAAAAACAUGUUAAUUCAUGGUCGAGCUAUGCUACUAGUGGGCCGAUUUAUGGAAGAAACAGCUAACUUUGAAAGCAAUGCCGUUAUGAAAAAAUAUAAGGAUGUGACCCUGUUCCUACCAGAAUGGGAGGAUGGGCAUUUCUAUCUUGCCAAGUACUAUGACAAAUUGAUGCCCAUGGUUACAGACAACAAGAUGGAAAAGCAGGGUGAUCUCAUUCGGUAUAUAGUCCUUCACUUUGGAAGAUCUCUACAAUAUGGAAAUCAAUUCAUUUAUCAGUCUAUGCCACGAAUGUUGUCACUUUGGCUUGAUUUUGGUGCUAAGGCAUAUGAGUGGGAAAAAGCUGGCCGCUGUGAUCGUUUACAAAUGAGAAAUGAUUUAACAAAAAUAAACAAGGUUAUUACAGAACACACAAGUCACUUAGCUCCGUAUCAGUUCUUGACUGCUUUUUCACAGUUGAUCUCCCGAAUUUGUCAUUCUCAUGAUGAAGUUUUUGUUGUCUUGAUGGAAAUUAUAGCCAAAGUGUUCCUGGCCUAUCCUCAGCAAGCAAUGUGGAUGAUGACGGCUGUGUCGAAGUCUUCUUAUCCUAUGCGUGUGAACCGAUGCAAGGAAAUCCUAAAUAAAGCUAUUCAGAUGAAAAAAUCCUUAGAAAAGUUUGUUGGAGAUGCAACUCGCCUAACAGAUAAGCUUCUGGAAUUAUGCAACAAACCGGUGGAUGGAAGUAGUUCCACGUUAAGUAUAAGCACUCAUUUUAAAAUGCUUAAAAAACUAGUAGAAGAUACAUCAUUUAGUGAAAUCCUUAUUCCUUUACAAUCGGUCAUGAUACCUACUCUUCCAUCAAUUCCUGGAGCCCACACUAACCAUGAUCCGUUUCCUGGGCACUGGGCCUAUAUCUCUGGCUUUGAUGAUACGGUAGAAAUUCUUGCUUCUCUUCAGAAGCCAAAGAAAAUUUCUUUAAAAGGAUCUGAUGGAAAAUUCUACAUCAUGAUGUGUAAGCCAAAAGAUGACCUGAGAAAGGAUUGUAGGCUAAUGGAAUUUAACUCCUUGAUUAAUAAGUGCUUAAGAAAAGAUGCAGAAUCUCGUAGAAGAGAACUUCAUAUCCGAACAUAUGCAGUUAUCCCACUGAAUGAUGAAUGUGGGAUUAUUGAAUGGGUUAACAACACUGCUGGCUUAAGACCAAUUCUGACCAAACUGUAUAAAGAAAAAGGAGUUUAUAUGACAGGGAAAGAACUUCGCCAGUGUAUGCUACCAAAGUCUGCAGCUUUAUCUGAAAAACUCAAAAUAUUCCAAGAGUUUCUACUGCCUAGGCAUCCUCCUGUUUUCCAUGAGUGGUUUCUGAGAACGUUCCCUGAUCCUACAUCAUGGUACAGUAGCAGAUCAGCAUACUGCCGUUCAACUGCAGUUAUGUCAAUGGUUGGUUAUAUUCUGGGUCUUGGGGACCGUCAUGGUGAAAACAUUCUAUUUGAUUCUUUGACUGGUGAAUGUGUACAUGUAGAUUUCAACUGUCUCUUCAAUAAGGGAGAAUCCUUUGAAGUUCCAGAAAUUGUUCCAUUUCGCCUGACUCAUAAUAUGGUUAAUGGAAUGGGCCCUAUGGGAACUGAAGGUCUUUUUCGAAGAGCUUGUGAAGUUACAAUGAGGCUGAUGAGAGAUCAGAGAGAGCCUUUAGUGAGUGUCUUGAAGACUUUUCUACAUGAUCCUCUUGUAGAGUGGAGUAAACCAGUGAAAGGAAAUUCCAAAGCACCACUGAAUGAAACUGGGGAAGUAGUCAAUGAAAAGGCCAAGACCCAUGUUCUUGACAUUGAACAGCGACUGCAAGGAGUAAUCAAGAAUCGAAAUAGAGUGACAGGGCUGCCAUUAUCUAUUGAAGGACAUGUGCAUUACCUUAUCCAAGAAGCUACUGAUGAAAACUUACUAUGUCAGAUGUACCUUGGUUGGACCCCAUAUAUGUGAAAUAAAUUACCUCAAAGAAUAUGCUGAUAAUCAAAAGUUAAUGGAUUUUGUAUUGAUCUGCAGUUGUAUCUAUUCCAUUCAAAGUAUAAGUUUAUGUUCUCACAACAGUUGGUAUUUCUCCCUGGUAAUAAAUUUAAAAUAUUUUACUAUCAAGGAAUAAACUGCAUUUUUAAUUUA